ACCCAGGAGCAAGCUCUGACCAGCUGGAGGGAGUGACACAUCUGUUCUGUCCACUCCCUCCCUCCUCACCCAUCCUCACCUUACUCUCACGUGCACACAGACACUUAGGGAGAAGUGAUCCCGGUGGCUCUGCCAAAGACAAGCCUGCUGGGCUAGAGGAAAAAACUCAAGCAAAGUUGCAGCAUUAACGUUGUUACCUGGAAGAAGCUUGAGUGGAGAAGCGUGGGAAGAUGAACGGACCGGUGGACGGCCUGUGCGACCAUUCUCUAAGUGAGGAGGGAGUCUUCAUGUUCACGUCAGAGUCUGUGGGAGAGGGACACCCAGAUAAGAUCUGUGACCAGAUCAGUGACGCAGUGCUGGAUGCCCAUCUCAAGCAAGACCCCAAUGCCAAGGUGGCCUGUGAGACUGUGUGUAAGACAGGUAUGGUGCUGCUGUGUGGCGAGAUCACUUCUCGGGCCAUGGUGGACUACCAGCGCGUGGUGAGGGACACCAUCAAGAACAUCGGCUAUGACGACUCCGCCAAGGGCUUCGACUUCAAGACCUGCAAUGUCCUGGUGGCUUUGGAGCAACAGUCCCUGGAUAUUGCCCAGGGUGUCCAUCUGGACAGAAGAGAAGAGGAUGUUGGUGCAGGAGACCAGGGUUUGAUGUUCGGCUAUGCCACGGACGAGACGGAAGAGUGCAUGCCCCUCACCAUCAUCCUCGCGCACAAACUCAAUGCCCACAUGGCGGAGCUGAGACGCUCUGGUGUCCUGCCCUGGCUGAGGCCCGACUCGAAGACUCAGGUGACGGUGCAGUACAUGCAGGACAAUGGCGCGGUCAUCCCCGUGCGCAUCCACACCAUCGUCAUCUCGGUGCAGCACAACGAAGACAUCCCGCUGGAGGAGAUGCGCACGGCCCUGAAGGAGCAGGUGAUCCGGGCCGUGGUGCCGGCCAAGUACCUGGAUAAAGACACCAUCUACCAUCUGCAGCCCAGUGGGCGCUUUGUCAUUGGCGGUCCCCAGGGGGAUGCAGGUGUCACUGGUCGUAAGAUUAUCGUGGACACCUAUGGUGGCUGGGGGGCUCAUGGUGGUGGAGCCUUCUCUGGGAAGGACUACACCAAGGUGGACCGCUCUGCAGCGUACGCUGCCCGCUGGGUGGCCAAAUCCCUGGUGAAAGCAGGGCUGUGCCGGAGAGUGCUUGUCCAGGUGUCCUACGCCAUCGGUGUGGCAGAGCCACUGUCCAUUUCCAUCUUCACCUACGGAACCUCUCAGAAGACAGAGCGAGAGCUGCUGGAUGUGGUGAAUAAGAACUUCGACCUUCGGCCAGGCGUCAUUGUCAGGGAUUUGGAUCUAAAGAAGCCCAUCUACCAGAAGACAGCAUGCUAUGGCCAUUUUGGAAGAAGCGAGUUCCCAUGGGAGAUCCCCAAGAAGCUUGUGUUUUAGGGCUGGUGGGAGCUGGGCCUGGCCCCAUCCCACAGGCAACUGGUGUACUGCAUUCCGCUUCCCCAGGAUCCCAAAGCUCAAAUCUCCCAGAGCCCUGACUGCUGACUGCUCUCCCCGCCCACCACCCCUAGGGCAAAGCCAGGCCCCUCUAAUUUAGUCCUGUCCUGCCAUCACCAUGAAUGGCCAGAGGCAGAUGGCUUCCUGGUGCUGAGGGGCAGAGCUCCAUGUGAGGGUCUUCACGAUGUUUCCCUGCCUUUCCCUCAGACCAAGGCAAUGUUGAUUUUGUGGGAAAAGCACCCCUGUCCAGAUGAAUCCCCUCACUCACUUCCCUGUGCAGCCUGGACCCUGACCAGCUCCUCCUCCCUGCACCCUCCAUGUGUGCCAAGGUGAGCUCAGCGCAUCUCACAGACCUCAGGGUUCCCUGUGGGCUUGGGCCACUGGGACUCCUUUACACAGCUGUGGCCAGUACCCCUGAGCUGGGGGCUCAGAAGGCCCCUCCCAGGCCGGGCCUCGGUAGGGGUAAGAAUGGGGGCUGAUGUCUCCUAAGUGUCUACAACAUGUGAUGGACCCAGCCAACCACUGAGCUCACUUUUUCUUCACUGCAACAUGAUAAUGCAGCAUCUUUUUAUCACCCUGUUUAUAAAUGGGGAAACCAAGGCACAGAGAAUUUAUAUAACUUUCAGCGGUCCCAGAGCCACAUGUGUCAGAGCCUAGAUGUAAAGUGAGAAGCUUUAUCUCAGUUUGUAUUACCCCUGUGUCUUGCCAGGCACCGAUCUAAGCAAUGACUCAGCACUUUGCAGCCAGGCCAUGGACUCUGCCCUGAAGGCCUCGGGUUACUGGGAAUUAAUGGAUUAACCCAUUGGCUCCUCUUGAGCCCUAGACAAUGGUCCACAAAGGCAAGAAUGACCUGAAGGACUAUUUAAUUUACCUCAUUUGUUCCAGAAUAUGGCUCAGGGUUAGCUGGAUCCCCUGGCCCAUCAGGCUGGGUUGGUGUCUGGAAUUGAGAGGCAGCCCUAUAAUCCCAGUCAUGUGACCACUCAGACACUCGGGGCUUGGGAUUUAGGGCCUCUUGUGUAAGUGGUCUAAGUCUAGUCCAGUCCCACGCGGGCUUCCUGGGGUAGAAGCAGCAACUUGUCCUAGCAUAGGUGGCUGAAAUCUUUCUCUGCCUUUGCCCCCUUGUGUGGACUUCAGAUUCAAUGCUGUGGAAUAAGGGGGGAGGCAGGGAGGGGACCCUCAGAUGCCCCUUCCAGAGAGUCCAGCUCUAAGGCCCCUAUGCUAAUGUUAAGUAGGCUGGCUCAUGAUGGACAAGUUGCCUGAGAUACCAUGAGGAAACUCUGCCUUUGCCAGGUGGCUUUCUGGGGACAGGUCUGUUCCUGAAGGUCCUGAGUGGCCCUUGGUCUGCCAAGGUUGUGGAAGAUGCAUACUGCCCUGUCUUUCCAUCCAUGGCCCCCACCACUCACCCCACCGUGUCCUCAGCCUAGGCCUUAAACAGCAGCAUCUUUACCUUCUCUCAAGCUCCAGGGGCCACAGGCUCAGGUUGUGGCCUCCAUGGCCCCAGGAGAACAGGGGGCCUUGGCUUCUUUCCAGGACACACAGUGCUGGUUCUGGCUUGGAGAGGUGGUCCAGAAAGUCCCCUGUGGCGGGCAGGCAGCCUGUAACUGGGCCUUGGCCUGCAGCACAAAGACCUUGGCUUUCCCUUUGCCUCAGGGGAAAGGAAACUCUUCAGGGUAGAUGACAACCUUAGGGCCUGUUUAGGAUGCUAACGCUCUGGUCCUCUGCAUGCCACGUGGUUACCCAGGAAGCCUUAUGAUCCUUCCUGCAGAGGGAGGGACAAGUUUGCAGGUGGCUGAGUUCCUCCAACUUGGACAAUAUCUGAAGUGAAAACACAGGAGUCGAUACUUUCCCUACCCGUGAGACUCUAGAGAUAUGAGGUCUUUUUUUUAAUCAACAUUGUUUAUAUGAAAAUAAAGCUUUUAUUUGUUAAUAGUCCUUGCUAGAGCAGUGAAUAAAAACUCAAGGAGCAACUA